UGGCUUUUCGAGAAGAAUGAGCCACCACCAACGCGAUCAAUAUGCUAAAAACGAUGAUCUAUCCGGGACAAAAGAUCAUGCCUUAAUCUACAUUGAGGAUUUGCUUUGUGGUGUGCCUCCGACCCCGCCAAAGCGUAGUAUAUUUAGGGUUCGUCAUCUAAUGCGCAAAGCAAAUGAGAAAGCCUAUGAACCGGAGAUUCUAGUGGUCGGCCCUUAUCACUAUGGAAGUGACAAAUUCAAAUAUAUGGAGGAGCAAAAGAUGCGGUACGUGCAGCGGUUGCUUAAGAGGAGAAACGAAGGGAGCGUCGACAGGUAUAUGCCGAUUCUAAGGGAGAUGGAACAGCGGGCGCGUGAUUGCUAUGCGGAAACCAUUGACCUCUCCCACGAAAAGUUCCUAGCGAUGAUGCUGAUUGAUGGUUGUUUCCUCGUUGAGUUGUUCCGGAAGUUCAGGAUGGAGGAGCUGAGAGAUGAAGACGACCCGCUUAUGGAAGCAGAUUGGAUUCGAUGCUGCCUCCAGCGUGAUUUACUGCUGCUCGAGAACCAAAUCCCGUUCUUCGUCUUGAAUGAACUGUAUGACCUGACUAAGGGUCCGAAAGAGCCUUCCGAGCUCAUUAAUGUUGCCACCUGGUAUUUCGAUUUUAGACCAAGAGACUUGAGCCAAAAUGCGACGCUUCGCAGGACACUUCGCGAGAGCAAACAUCUUCUGCACCUAAUGCACGCCUGUUGGACUUCUGGCUUGCCUAGUAGGCCCAGCAGAACCCAAAUGACGGAAGAGAAUUUCGCCUUCGUGUCCUCCAUAACAGAGCUCAGGGAGUCCGGGGUCCGGCUCAAGGCUGUGCAAGGGCAAGGGCGCCAUGAGAUGGACAUCAAAUUCAACAACGGGAUACUCGAGAUUCCUGUCUUCACUGUACAGGACCACACUGAGUCGCGGCUCCGAAACCUAAUCGCAUACGAGCAGCACCGUCAAGGCGGAGAUGUCAACUACUUCACGGACUACGUGACAUUCAUGGACUGCCUCAUAAAUUCUUCAAAGGAUGUCGAGCGGCUCUGCCGCAAAGGGAUCACCAAGAACUACCUGGGCGAUAACGAGGUGGUUGCCCAGAUGUUCAACAAGAUGGGUGACUACAUCACUCUAUCCAAUUUCUAUUACUUCGACAUCUUCAAAAAUGUGAAUGCCCACUGCAAGAGGAAGACAAACGGCUGGAUGGCGAAACUGAGGAGGGAACAUUUGAAUAGCCCCUGGGCUUUGUUGUCCAUUUCCGCAGCCACCAUGUUGCUCCUCCUCACUGCCGCACAAACAGUGUUUACUAUUAUUAAAUGAUAAAAAAAAGUGAUCGAUGUUCGUUUAAAUUUUCCCUUGGAGUAAUUACUUGUGUUCUAUGGCCACUAGUAUCGUCUUGGCUUUUAAAUGAGAACUUACUGCUUGUUUAAUGGAA